AGCGGUGGAGAUCAAGAUAAGUAAGUCUGAUUUGGGAACAAAACCCUGGAGACUGUAUAGGUGAUUGUUGGGGGUGGACAGGCGCUGAAGACUUGGAUUGGUUUAGACCUAGAAGGAAGUGGCAUUUGAUUGGUUAUUAUAAGUGAAAAGGGCCCCUCCCUGGGUGAGAUCUGCCAGCCUCAUAAUUAGGACCUGAAAAUCUCUGCCAGGCCCGCCUUUGUGACGUGGCCCCGUCCACCUCAGCUAUGGAACAGGCCUUGACUGGUGAGGCCCAAAGCCAGUGGCCCCGCAGAGGCGGGAGUGGGGCCAUGGCUGAGGCGCCUGGGCCCAGUGGCGAAUCUCGAGGCCACUCAGUCACUCAGCCGCCAGCGGGAAAAACUGUCGGGGGACCAUCGAGGCGCUGCCCGCGGUCCGUGCUCAAAGUGUCCCAGUUGGUGCUCCGGGCCAUCACCGCUCACAAAGGGCUGACUCUGGCAGCUCUCAGGAAGGAGCUCGGAAACGCCGGCUACGAAAUGCGCAGGAAGAGCGGCCGCCACGAAGCGCCCAGAGGGCAGGCCAAGGCCACGCUCCUCCGGGUCAGCGGCAGCGACGCCGCCGGCUGCUUCAGGGUCUGGAAGGUUUCCAAGCCCAGGAGAAAGCCGGGGCGCGCGAGGCAACAGGAGGGCGCGCGCGCUAGCCGGAGGACCGCAGCCGCGUACCGGAGCUCACGGAGGCGCCGCCAGCCCCUUCGCAAGGCGGCCAGGAAGGCCAGAGAAGUGUGGAGACUGAACGCGAGGGCGAAAGCCAAGGCCAAUGCCAGGGCGAGGAGGACAAGGAGGGCGAGGCCGAGAGCCAAGGAGCCGCCGUGUGCCAGAGCCAAGGUGGAAGCGGGAGCGACAGCGGCAGGCGAGAGGCGAGGACGGGCCGUGAAGGAACACACCAGGCCGAGGUCAGGGAAGGACAAGAGGCGAAGCUCCAAACCCAGGGAAGAGAAGCAGGAGCCUAAGAAGCCCGCACAGCGGACCAUCCAGAAGCCAACGCCGGCUAAAACCGACCGGACAUCUAGCGGGCAGGGGAAGACUCCACUAAAGACUUCCACAAAGACCUUCCCUAAAUCUGAAGGUCUUCGGAAUGCAGUCGGGAGUGCAUCUUGUGGGAGCAGCUUCACUCCCACCACGGACAAAUGCCUUUCCCCCAUAGGCCCCAAGAAGAGCGGCUCUCACACUCAUUGAAAUGAAAUGGACCUCUCGACCA